AUGAGGUUUGUCAUCGUUUUAAUUGGCAGUAUUAUUGCCGGUAUUACAUUUGCGACCCCACCUGAUGCCAAAUACCCAGAAUGCUGGCCGGCAAAUAUACGUGACCCAACUGACAGUAGAUCCAAUGAAGCUGGCGCUUCGGUGUCCAUUACUUGUCAGUCGAAGAGAGGAUCACCGAAUCCAGAUUUGGUUUGGAGCCGAAACGGCGUGGAUAUCGUUGGAAAUCAAGAAUUCACGACAAAUAAUGUCACCAAAUUGACACAGAACAGGUAUGCAUGGAUACUGUCGGGGAUCGACCACCAAGCUACCUUGACGUGUACUCAGACUCACCCAGAAGCAAAUCCUAAAAGCUGUAGCGUGGGCCCACUUCGCGUUCGUUACGGGCCUGAUAUUACAUUGGAACCGAACACUGUGGGAAGGGUUAUCGGGGAGACAGCGAUCUUCAACUGUAGCGCGAGAGGAAACCCGGCGGUAACCGAAAUUCAAUGGCUGUUCAACGAUACAUCAACACUUCCUGACCUUCAGCGCUUUUUAUUGAACGCUGACAAUCAGUUAACCAUCCAUAACAUCACUUACAGUGACUACUAUUUGGAUAUCAAAUGUCAGGCUCAGAGCACACGAGGUAUCCAGAGUAAAACUGUCGAAAUCUUACCCGUUAACGAAACAACAACAAAAGAAACCUCGACCGGACAAAAGAACACAGUAGCAUCGUCACACUUUGUCGUCUUCUGCAAUGUUGCAAUUCUGUUUUACCAGUGUAUCUAUAAAUAA